AUGCCAGAGGGCUUCGGUGACGACAUGAUUGUCACCGGCCUCCACGACGAUGGACAGAGCCUGAAUACACUGAUCAGCCAGGUACACGAGAUUGGACGAAAAUCGUUUAGUCAAAUCCCCGACGUGGCUUUGUCACUGACGGGGGAAUACAUCAUUGGCUGCAACGAAGCAGAUCCUGAGCGCUUUCGAAACAUCGCUGCGCCUCUGAUUGGCAACGCAGGCGUCUCAAACACUGACUAUGUCAGCCGAAAGAGUCAAGAUGGGUGGGCUCCCGCUUGGCCCUUGGGUGGAGCAGUAGUGCCCGGUAGCCCGGCAUGCCCCCAAAUCCUUUACUCGGAAACUUCAACAGAACGGGUCGCUAUCCUGGGCAGCUAG